AUGAGCGCGCCGGCGACGCCGGGGGACAUGGAGCCGGCCGGGGAGGAGGAGCGGCCGCCACCGGCGGCCGAGGAUGAGGAGGAUGGGGAGGCGGUGGCCGCCAGGCCGGCCCGAGGGAAGAGUGCCUCUGCCGCCGCCACCUCGCGUGAGGACGCCGCCGGCCGAGAGGAGGCGGCGGAGGCCACGCCGACCGGGGUCGGUAGCGGCCCGGGCCAGGAGCUGCCCUACGAGCUGCAGCAGGGCUACCGGAUCCUGGGCGAGUUCCUGCAGGAGAAGCACCGCGGCCUCACCGCCCCCUUCCUGCAGCCGGCGGGCGCCGACGAGGAGGCCGCCGGGGUCGGAGCCGGGGCCCGGGCCGGCCGCGCUGUCUCGUCGCCGGGGCCGGGCCCGUGCCUGCUGCAGAUGGAGGAGAAGUUCUCCCGCGGCCAGUACGCGGGCAUCACCGAGUUCGUGGCGGACUUCAGGGCCAUGCUGGAGACGUGUUACCGCCUGCACGGCGUGGACCACUGGAUCUCCAAGCAGGGCCAGAAGCUGGAGAUGAUGUUGGAGCAGAAGCUGGCGCUGCUCUCGCGGCACUUGAGAGAAAAGACAACGAUAGCAGUUACAUCUAGAGGCUAUUAUGGAUUGGAGGAUGAGAAGGGAACUGCAUGUACUUCAACAAGGCGUCGGUCAACACCUCGAAGUUUGGCAGGCUUGACAAGUGGAGUGUUUGAAUCUAUAAUGGUUCAAGUUUUGAGACAGGAAGAACAGCUGAGAGCAAAAGAAGAAAAAAGGCUUCGGGAGCAGGAAAGAAAAGAAGCUGAGGAAGCAAGUCAGAAAGAGAUAGAAGAAUGGGAAAGAAAACUUCUAGCUCAAGCUGCUCCAACUUGUAUGGAGACCAUGUGGGAAAUUCCAGCUAUUGGGCAUUUCCUUUGUUUAGCCCAGCAAAUUCUAAAUUUGCCAGAAAUUGUCUUUUAUGAAUUGGAACGUUGUCUUCUGAUGCCUCAGUGUAAUACUUUUCUAUCAAAAAUAAUGACUUCUCUGUUGAGUCCCCCCCAUCGCAGACCUACCUUACAUCGGAGACCUACCUUGCCUUACAGGACCUGGGAAGCAGCUUUGAGACAGAGAGUCCAGCAGUGGUACACAGCCGUGGGGCAGACCGAGAAUCCUGACAGCUGUGCUGAGAAGCUUGGCUUGUGUCCUCAGUUUUUUAAAGUUCUUGGAGAGGUUAACCCAUUGGAAGAAAAACAUUUCCAUGAACUACCGUUCUACCAAAAAGUAUGGUUACUUAAGGGUCUUUGUGACUUUGUGUAUGAAACACAAAAAGAAGUUCAAGACGCUGUACUGGGACAGCCUAUACAUGAAUGCAGGGAAGUUAUCCUUGGUUAUGAUUACCUGGAGAAUGCUUACGUACAUUUUCCACAGUUCUGUGGUGCAGAUGUUCGAAUUUAUAAACAGAGACCCUUCCAAGCCCCUGAAUUUCCAGUUCCACCCAUCAAAAUACAAAGAGUACCUCGCAUUAAACUAGAGAAGCUAAAGUGUGACUACGUGAAUACAAGUAAUGGAGAACAUAGGUGCAGUAGAGAUGACUUGCCCUUUGCCUUCCAGAAAGAGCAGAGAAUUCAGUUUGAUCCAGCCUGUUGCCCUGCUAAAGUUAACUUGGAUAAUCAUGACAUCUCUGUUGAAAUGGAAGUAAAAUCUAACUGUGAAAUUAGAAUUCGCAGACCCUGUGAAUUUAAAAAAGCUGAUUGCUGUAAAGAGAACUUGGUGACGCCAGGGAGUCCAGGGGAAGUUACUGACUUUGGAGAGCCUCUCAGCCCAGGUGAAAUAAGGAUUAUAGAAAAUCAGGAAGGAUUUGGUGAAGCUUCCAGAGUAAAGCCUGAACUGAGUCCAUUAAAAGAAAAUGCUCUAAAAUCUUGCCAAAUACAUGUAAAUGGAAGUUACAGUGAUUACGCAGAGGUGAACUGCCACAAAGUUGUAAAGGAGAUCCUGUUGGAACAGUCACUGCAGAGCCACAAGAAACUCAAACUAACUAAAAUGCGGGCAAAAAAGAAGAAAAAGAAAAAAAAGAAAUUCAAAGAUGUCUUGAAUGAAAGCAUACACAGAAAGCGCGAAGGUCUUCAUUCUCUUGCAUUCAAGUCUUACAAGCCUGAGAUCCAGAAUAAGUUAUUGAUCAUUAAAAAGAAAGCGAAACAUAAGAAGCACAAAUCUGGAAAAAAAUCCAUAUCUAAAAAAGCAAUCACAAAGAAGAGGAAAACUGUCACAAAGCCACCUACUGUACCCGAAUUUCAGCUUAUUUGCACUAAUCUUGAUGAACUCAGGGAAUUAAUCACAAAAAUCGAGAAUGAACUCAAAGAUCUGGAAAACAGUAGAAAAAAAUCGGGUAAAUGGUAUCACCGGAGGCAAGCUGUAAAAGAACUACAUAGCACAUUGACCCGUCUUUUAAAUGAACUGCUGCCAUGGGAACCAAAGUUAAUGAAGGCCUUUCAAAGAAACAGGAGCCGCCUAAAGAAAGACUAUGAUGAUUACAGAAAACAGCCUGACCAUGAUCUAUUUACCAGAGAGCUGUGGCCGAGUGAAGAAGCUGGAGGAGAACCUGGAGAAGCUUCUCCUCAAGUAGAAGUCAGCACGUCAGUGGACUCAGCGGAACCUCUCGAUAUCCUGGAGCAAGACCACCUGGAUUUCGAUGAUAUGAAAUUGUCCGAAGUAGACUUUCCUAUGGGCAGAAGCAAGUCACUGAAAAAGGAAUUGCCUUCUAAAGAUGGACUGAAGACGCCGCCUAAAACACUGAAACGACCAUCCAAACAAACAAGUUGUCUGGACUGUAGCACAAGAGAGCUUUCCCCACGGAAGAAAGCAAAAUUAAGCACAAACGAGACAGCAGUUGUGAGCUCAGAAGGUGAUGUACAGGUUGAGUGUCUGAAUGACUCGAAGUCUAUCGAACUAUCCUUGCCAGAGUCACUUGCCUCUCUGGAUUCCACACCAGUGUCCACUCUCCAGAAAGGGACCAAACCGAUUCAGGCCUUGCUUGCAAAGAAUAUUGGGAACAAAGUGACCUUAACAAACCAACUGCCUCCUUCCAUGGGGAGAAGCACUCCUGUGGUGGACAAGCCAGUGCGCUCUCCUCUGGAAGCCAGCCCCAUGAAGCCAGCGUUAACCUGCCAUGCCAGUCCAAAAGGCCCUUUGCAGAUGGUCUACAAGAUGCCCUGUGGCCAGUGGUUGCCAGUAGAUCUCCACAACAGCUCUGUGAAGCUGCAGAUGCAGCCUGUGGUGGACCCUAAAACAGGAGAAAAGGUCAUGCAGCAGGUUCUCAUUCUGCCCAAGAAUUUUGUGAUUCAGCACAAGGAAGGAAAAGCAGUUGCGAAAGAAAUCACCCCACUUCACCAAAAGGCUCCAGAGCAGCUCUGUCCGUCUCUCGCACAGACAGCAAAUGUAAGCUCUUCUGCAGCCUCGGUUCUUGUCAGCUCUGUGUCACAGACAGGCACUGUGUCUCCCCAGCUACCUAGUACAGUCCUCAAGAAGACGAUGGCUCCUGUAUCCAACACAAGUAGUGCUAGACCACAGCCUUGGUCACCUGGAACCUCCGUAAGUAAUUUAACACCGCCACUUAAGACUGGCCCAAGUGAGACCGGAAAACUCAAGAAUGCAGUUUCAGCAGCCACAUUCCCCCAGCCUGCUGCUUCACCCGCCGUUCCCCCAACAGCUCAGCCUCUGUUACCAGUGACAACGACACUAAGUGGAUCGACAAACCCUGGAAGUUCCCUCAGCUGUUUUGCACAACCAGCUGCCGAUUCUUCUGAAGCAAAGCAAGAGCUGAAGACUGUGUGUAUAAGAGACUCCCAGUCGAUUCUUGUUAGGACACGAGGUGGGAACACUGGAGUUGUGAAAGUACAGACCAAUCCAGAGCCGAACACACCCAGCUGCUUAUCUUCAGGUUCCGCAUUCACUCUUGCUCCUCAGCUUCAGGCUUUUCUGGUGCCCAAGUCAACGACAACGGCAGUCUCCACUUUCUCUCCAGUCACUGGAACAGCUCCUACGUCGAGUCUCCCACCCUUUGGCCAGACACCAGCUUCUGUUUCCAUUCCAGCUGCCUUCAAUCCAUCUGUAGGGAAAAAUCUCAAACUUACAUUAGGCCAAUCCCCUUGCAGUGGUCAUCUGGGCAACUUAAUAGACAAAAGUACACCCAUGUCAUCUUCUCCUUUGAAGUCCUCUGUUUCUUCUAGCCCUUUGCUACCAUCAACAACCAGUGGCUCUGUUAGCAUAAUUAGCAUAGCAACAGGAAAUUGUGGACAAACUAACACAGGUGUUAAGACUCCAACUCAACAGCAGCAAGUGGAUUAUACCCCCCCAAAUGACCCCGUUACACGUCCAGAGGCAACAGCUGCAACAGACGGGGAUGUGGUCAGUGGGGCUCCGGCCCCGAAGCUGAUGCUGAUGUCGGCGCCCUCUGUUCUGGCUUCGGGCAGCGGAAGUGCAGUCUCUGUACCACCUGCUCUGGCAGCUUCCGGGGUUUCUACCCAGAAACUAGUGUUUAUUAAUGCUCCGGUUCCCAGCGGCACCUCAGCCCCACUUGUUGCAGAACCGCUAAAACAGAUUCUUCCUCCCCCCUUGAGUAAAACGUUUAUUAAAACUCCAGAGCAACCCCAGCUAGUGCUCAUUCCCUCCACUGUGGGAGCGCCAAUAAAAAUCAACCCAUCACCAACGGUGUCUCAGAGAAAAGAUGUGAAGAUUGGACUAAACAUAGGGCAGGCAAUUGUGAAUGCUUCAGGCAGUGUGCCAGCCGUCCCAUCAAUUAACCUAGUGCAAAAUGUCACUCACAAAGGAGAGGAAAAAAGUAGCAAAGGCUACAGUAUUCUGCCCUUGUCAGCAAGUGGUAAUUCAGUGCCAGUGAGCUCCAAUCUGGGGAGUCAGAACCUCCCUCCUGCCAGUGAGUCUGUGGGUUCUGCAGCGAGAGCAGUAAAUGUGUUUUCAGUAACAGGACCAAAUGGACCUCUGGGUGCCCUUUCAGUGACCUCAACCUGUGCUGCUGUUGGGACGCGACCUCCUGUUUUGGUCAGUGGCAGCGAUACCUCUUCACGAAUGCUGCCUCUCCUGUCAGGCAGACUUUGCACGUCGAAUCUCGGCAACACUGUGGCUAUAUCAACUGUGAAAACUGGCCAUCUGGCAUCAUCUGUUCUAAUUUCCACUCCCCAACCAACAGUGUCUCCUCAGUGUUUAACAUCAGCCUUGCAAAUCCCGGUUACUGUUGCCUUGCCUACGCCUGUGACCGCCUCCCCUACCGUCCUCAGCACAGUUCCCCAUCUGGCAGCGGUCCCGGGAGCCUCACACACUGUCGCUCUCUGUAAAAGGCAAUGUCGGACUCCUGUCCACUGUCUGCCAGCAGGGGUCUCAACCACAGUGCCAAUACACGGCAACACACACAAACCUCAAGCCGAGUUGCCGUCCCUUUCACCAGGUCCAGCGAAAGUCAUGAAUAUUGCCAAUUUUGCUGCUCUGUCAAGCCAGCAGGUGUCCCCAUGCUCAGUCAGAUCCCCCCCCAGUUACACUUCUGCACCUGGUGGCACUGCCGUCCCUACUGCUACAGCAGCACCCUCAAACCUCACUAGUCUGGCAGGGACUCCGCUUAGUGAACCUUGUAUUCAGCAAAAAAUCGUCAUCAACACCAGUACACCUUUGGCACCCGGCACCCAGAUCAUGAUAAAUGGAACCCGGUUUAUUGUUCCACCCCAAGGUCUUGGAGCCGGCAGCCACGUUCUUCUUAUAUCGGCGAAUUCAAAAUAUGGCCCUCCCUUAGUUCUGACUGGUGGCCCAGGCAUCCCGCCCACAUCAGUAGACAGCCCUGCCCAGAAGACGGCACUAGCAUCAGAUCAUUCUGCCAGUGGCCACCCUGUAAAACACCCUCUAAAAAGCGCUACGAAAAUUGUCAGCGCUCUUGGGAAUACAAGUCCUCCACCCAUGGUACAUGCAGCACCACAAAUUGUGAACACAACCGCUAAAGUGUCUGUCCCACUUACGGCACCAGCGGUGGCACCAACGUCAGUAAUGAAGUCUCCUCCAGCUAAUCUGGCAAAAACAUCCUUGGUUUCGACCAUUUGCUCUAGUAAUCCUCCACUGCCAAGUAACACUUCAGUGCUUCAUCUGGACACAUCUGUCAAGAAACUGUUGGUCAGCCCGGAAGGAGCCAUUUUAAAUACCAUAAAUACUCCACCUUCUAAAGUUUCUUCACUCUCUCCAUCGCUCUCUCAAAUUGUAUCUGCCAGUCGGAGACCUGCCUCUGUCUUCCCCACGUUUCCGUCGUCUGGCUUAGAAAAGCCCGACACCGCUGCAUCUUAA